AUGGCUGCCUAUUACGACACGAGCAAACCUACCGUAGGCAUUAUUGGGGCAGGAUUUAGCGGAAUAUGCGCAGCUAUCAGACUCAAACAAGAGCUUGGUAUCGACGCUCAAAUACUUGAAGAAAGCAAAGAAGUAGGCGGUACUUGGCACUUUAACAGAUACCCAGGUUGUGCUUGUGAUGUGCCCUCCCAUCUAUACUCGUUGUCCUUUGAGCCCAACCCUGACUGGAGUCAGCAUUAUAGCCCUUCCGAAGAGAUUCAUGAUUACAUCAAGAAUAUCACCAAAAAGCACAACUUGUAUGACAACAUCUCUUUCAAUACCCACGUUGAUAAGGCAACUUGGCUUCAAGAUGAAUGUCGCUGGAAGGUGGAUGUGCACAGCACGUUAGAUGGUGCAGCAUGCACCUAUUACUUUGAUUGCAUGUAUCUAAGUGUCGGCACCAUUCGCGUACCCCGAACACCCAAAGAAUUUACUGGAUUCCAAGGACCCAUUGUGCACACAGCGGAUUGGGAUAGCUCUGUUGAUUUCACCAACAAGCGUGUGGCAGUGGUGGGAAGUGGUGCCAGCGCUGUUCAAACUGUUCCACGACUUCAAAAACAAGCAGCCCACUUGGUUAGCUACCAACGUUCUCCUGCUUGGGUGCGUGUGCGUCAACAAUACCAUUAUUCCAAGCUCAAAAAGUUCCUGUUUCGAUGGAUGCCUUUGAUCCUUUUGCUUCAUCGCUGGUACAUUUAUUGGGUGGGUGAACUUGGCUAUGUCGUCUUUGGAUAUUACAAGAGCUUCCUUGCUCGAUGGUAUUCCAAUUCAGUUGCAAAAUCCAUGCGUCAACGUAUCGAAGGACAAGGACGACCUGAUCUCGUGGAGAAGCUUAUUCCAAAAUACCUCAUGGGUUGUAAACGUAUCGCACCCUCUGAAGAUUAUCUCGAAGCGCUUUGUCAAGAUAAUGUCACUGUGGAGACAACAUCCAUCCAAAAAGUCGAAGGACGCACCAUCACUACAGUGGAUGGCAAAGAGCAAGAAUUUGAUAUCCUUGUAUUGGCAACUGGAUUUGACGUGCCUGGUUUCUUGGCCAAUCUUGAAGUACAAGGAACACACAAAGAAACCUUGAAUGAAAUGUGGAAAGACAAAUUCCCAGGGACAUACAAAACAGUGCUAGUGAAUGGCUUCCCCAACUUGUUUGUCAUCCUUGGUCCAUCCAGCAUCCUUGGUCAUAAUUCGGUAUUGGUGAUGGUGGAGUGCCAAGUCAAUUAUACAAUCAAGUGCCUCAAGCGUAUGAUCAAGGAGAAGGUAGCAGCUAUUGAACCCACUCAAGAAGCUCAAGACAAGUUUGUGCAAGAAAUCAAAAAGGAUCUCGAGACCACGGUGUGGAAACGAGGCGGUUGUAAUUCGUGGUACAUCAAUUCGGCGGGAGAGGCAUCUGCAUUGUGGUCCAGUACUGUCACACGCUUUUGGUGGAUGUUGCGUAGCGUCAAGAAUCUCAAAGAUUUUAACACGUACAAGGUGGUGUAA